GAACAUAGCUUUUUUGACAGUUCAAUACAACAGAUUAGAACCAAUGCAGUUUACUAAUAAUUUGUAUUAUAUUUUUAGUACCUAUUAGUAAUUAAAAUAAUGAUAGGAAAAUAUAGUGAUUAAGUAAACUUCAACGAUGACAUUUACUUAAAAUGAAUAGAAACAAAUUAAAUAUAGUUCGUAAUUAACAAUUUUUUUUAAAUGGUUUUCAUAUAAUUGUUAUACGGGAGAGAAAUCAAAAUGCCCUGUACUAAAUGUAGAUCUGAUUUUAAUCUACUUAAUUGGAAAAUAAAGUGUGGUGAAUGUGAAGAUAAAUAUUGUAACAAAUGUUUGAAAAGAAGAGAAGGGAUAUUAUACUGUGAAAAAUGUCUUAUCUUAUUAAAACGUCCUCCAGAGCGAUCUGAACUUAUGGAACUUAAAUCAAAAGAUUUACAAGAUUAUUUGAAUAAAAGAAAUAUAUCUACUUUUGGAUUAGUAGAAAAACAUGAAUUGGUGGAUAUAUUAUGCAAUAAACAGAUACCUGAAAAACCAAAGCGAGGUUUGGAGAAACUGACAGCGAAUUUUGCUGGAUCUCUUCCUAAUUUACGUCCAGUUAACGAUCUACUGGGUAAUUUAGAAUCGGUUUUAACAAAUGAUGGUUAUUCGAAUAGACCUUACCAAGAACAACCUCGAUCUACACAAAGAUCACCUCAAUCACCUACUAAUAUACCUCGAAACGUCGCCGGAGAUCAUACCCCAACUAACCCACAAUCACAACCAACUACCUCUACGACGUUUCGACACAGUACUGAUAAUUUGAAUGAUAUAGAGCGGAACGAAAGCCCACUGCCAAAUAGGUAUCCAAAAAUCGAGGAUUUCGGUAGCGCCGAAGAAUUACAAAAUUUAUCGUCAAAAGACUUGAAAAUAUUACUAACCUUGAACAGAGUUGAUUUUAAAGGAUGCGUGGAAAAAUCCGAACUUUUAGAAAGAGCCGAACGGCUUUGGGAAGACAGCAACGUACUGAAAAAAGAAAUUCCGGAAAAUUUACCGAUACAAGAAUUGUGUAAAUUAUGCAUGGACGCCCCGUUGGAUUGCGUUCUAUUGGAAUGCGGUCAUAUCGCCACUUGCACGGAUUGUGGUAAAAGAUUAGCCGAAUGCCCUAUUUGUCGACAAUAUGUAGUACGCGUCGUUAGAACUUUCAAAGCGUGAAAUUUCACCAAAAUAAAAUCGAGUACUUAACGAUUGAAUUGUUGGUUGAACCAUUCGAGUCGUGAUGGAAAACGAAUUAUUUUUCUCGGUGUACUUGAACGUUUUUGUCCGCCCUGUAAUAUACGAUCGAUUUUGAUAUUUAUAUUCGGCACUACGAUACAACUAUCACCGAGUUUCCGCCAUGUUUUUACGCAUGAAUCUAACAUCCGUUCUCUUUUGACCUGCGCACAAACAUUUUCAGACCCAAAAACCUCAAUAUUUGACCCAUCGCUACAUAAAACUCUCCCCCACUUGCGCCGACAAUAUAUAAACAUACCCUCGUAUAAAUAGUUUAGGUUGACCUUGUUUCGCCCUUCACUUGAUAAUAUGAAAAAAAAAUUCUUUCAAAUGUAUUAUUUUGAAAUUUAAUGAUUGGAUUUUGGGGUGGGCGAAAACAUUUGAGUGCUAGUGUAUAUUUUUCAAUAUUCCAGUUUAUUUCACCACUUUCACGCGUAAUUGAAAUUGAAAGAACUUCUCGAAACCAACAAAUUUUUCGUAUCGUUUCUAUUUUUUUAUAGUAAAAUCUUUGUUAUGUAAGAAAAAAUAUAAAAUGUGAUUAUACUUGUAAA